UCGUGGCUUUAUUUAUUAAUUUUCACAACUCAGAAAAACUUUUGAAUUUAGUAAAAUAUAAAACAAGUAUGUCAUCGAGGUUUUGUUUGUAAACAUCAAACAAUAAUUUCUCAAGUAAUCACUUUUCUAACCUCUGUAAAUUUGUUUUAGGACGAUGGGUGAAAGAUACAAUAUCCACAGUCAACUUGAGCAUCUACAGAGCAAAUACAUAGGCACAGGGCACGCAGACACCACAAAAUAUGAAUGGCUAACGAACCAACACCGAGAUUCUUGUUGCAGUUACAUGGGUCAUCCCGAUUUGCUAAGUUAUUUUGCUAUUGUUGAAAAUGAGUCCAAAGCUCGUGUGAAGUUUAACCUUAUGGAAAGGAUGUUGCAGCCAUGCGGACCUCCACCAGAGAAGCCUGAAGACUAAAUUACCAGUAGUUUGAAAUAUAUAACUUAAGUUUAGUAUAAGUCUACAUAUCCUGGUCCCGUGCUGAACUCACUGCUAGUUUUUUUAAGACUGGUGAUAUUCUAAAAAUAUUUGUGUUUUAUGAAUAUGAUAAGUUACCUGUCUAUGAUAUAAAUAACUAAAACAUGAGCAUUUUAUAAUCAACAUAAUUUAGACGAAAUAAUAACCUUGUUAAGUGUGGUAGGAUCCAU